GGGGCGUGUCCCAGAGCGCACAGAGGAGAGCUGGUGCGCGCUCUUGGUCCACUAUUACGCAUCACUAACUUCUCAUUGUCACCCAUCCAGGAGCAGCGCCAUGCUGUGUUUCUCUUCCAUGUAACAAGACCCACGAGAGCACUCUUUUAAAACACGUUGCCACCUAGACGGACCCAGAUUGGAGAAGAAGAUCGUGUAGUCUUGUGCAGUUGCGUGGAGCACCUUGGUCAUGGGCGCGCACCAACGGAGCUCUGCGCUUCUCGGAUCUGUUCUGUCACUGUGCGGAUGUUUGGCCUUAUUGUGCGGGUUGACGGUACCCCGAGUGGAGGCCGGCUGCCGAGAGCGGGACAGUCCCAACUGCUGCACCGGCCGGAACAACGACUGCUUCGAGUACACGAGGAGAAAGACGGUAUGCUACUGCGACACCUAUUGUCACAAAACCGGAGACUGCUGCGACGACUACCAGAGUGUGUGCCAAAUUUCUGCAGCCAUUGACUGUGCGGUGGGCUCAUGGGGCCCCUGGUCGUCAUGCACGUCUCCAUGUGGGGUGGGCAGCACCGAAAGGAGCCGCCAAGUGUCUGUCCCGCCUCGAAAUGGGGGAAUGCCUUGCCCGGACCUCAAACAGCGCCGCGGGUGCUUCGGAAACAACGAAAUAUGCAGUUCGGCGAAAGAGGUUGCAAAGAUCCUUCCGGAUUCCUUCAAGAGGAACUUUAAGGACCCUUGGAGGAGGCCUCACAUGCUGCUGAAAGAGGAGAAGGCCAGCUACUGUGUAUAUUUGAGGUUGAAACAAGCUAGUGCAGCGUGCAAACUUAAACUGUGGAGUGCCCAGCUGGUGAGAGAGAGGCUGGUGUGCGCAGAGUGCCAGAGUGAUGCUAUGUCCAAGUCAGACCGGUGUGGAGGAGACGGCCUUGAAGGCACCAGAACCUUCUGGUCAGCAGCUUCCGCCGUAGGCUGCCACGGGUCGUGGAUGCGAGAGUCGUCGUCCAAAGGCUGCCGAUGUCCCUCUUACUCUGUCCUUUUUGUGUGAGCAGCCAUGUCACCAGCACACGUCCACGUCGAAGGACCACAUUGUCCUCAGCAGCUUCUGCAAAACAGUGCAGAGCCCUGCCAGUCAAGACACCCCCCUCCCCUCCAAUCCAGAAUUCCUGGAUGGGUUUACUCAAGGAGAUCAGCCGCAUCCUGCCACUUUUUUUUUUUUUUUUUUAAUCUUUCACCUCAUACUCUGCACUGUAUUGCUUACUACGCACGCAGCUAAUCUUGCUAAAAACUUUCAGAUGAUUUUACUGCCACCCUUUCUCCUCCAAAGCACAGCAACCUCUGUAUACUGUGUAUUUUUACCUCUCUGCUAUCUACCUCCAUAAAUGCAACUGCGUUUUGAUAAUGCGUCACGUAUAAAUAUGCAAAAAUAUAUAUAUCAUUUAGCUUUAUACAUUUUCUACUCUUAAUUUCCACGUGUCAUGUAAUGUAGAGACACGUUUUUUUUUGUAUCGAGAUGUUUUUACACCAAACAGCAGUGACUGCGCUCCGAUUAAGCCCCAAUUGACUGCUUCUUUGCUCAACCUUUUGCUCUCCAUGUCACUACAGUGGAACUUUGAAAAAUGUACAAAAAUUCAGCACGAGUGUUCAGCACAGUAUAAAUAAGAACCUCAAGUAGCAAAGAGGAAGUGAUCGUGACCGCAGACCAGCGUCUGUUUUCUGGUCAACAUAAUUAUCAACUAAAAAAAAAAAAAAAACAACAAACACACAAAAAAAAACCUACAACAGGAUAUACAGCGCGAAGUCGACUUUGUCUUGGUUUGAAAAGACUCCCCUCCCAGGCGCAAGCUGUAAACAGUCUUCACCGCGUCUUGUCACUGGUCAUCAAGGGUGAGUACAUGUUUUAUUGUUUUUAAUGUUUUAUUCUAACAGCUUUUGACUUCUUUGUCCACAAAGAAUAUCAAAAAGUAAAAUGUGCGGCGAGUAGUGAUUAUGCUUAAUCGUUCUCUUUUGAAAAAGAAGAAAAGGUUGACAUACAGUGGUGCCUUGCGAUUCAACUGAGUGAACUUAUGGCUUUUUGUAGUAAGAUCAAUGUACAAAAUGAAUAUAACAACAUUCACAGGCAUAUAUUUUUUAUCCUCUGUGAAGAAUGACUAAUAUUACUGCAUCUUACUGAGGAACUGAAGACCAUCUCCACGUUUAGUCUGAACUAAAUAUAAAUUCUGAAAAUUUUUGUGGUCACUCUUUAUGUCUGAGCAAAAGGAGCAAGCAGCACAAUGUCCACGUCCAACUGAGAUGUGACAAAAACGGUUUAAUUUCUAUUGAAUUUUCAUUCCACUUUUUUUUAAGUACAAUAUUCUAGAUUUAUAUUUUUUUUUAUUAAAAACUCCAUACAAACA